AUGGUGAACAGCUCCCCGGCGGGCAAGGAUCCAACUAUGGUGAUAGACGGAGGGCCCAAUCAGACAGAAUCCACGAUCUCCGACCAGACGAAGGAAGAAAAAGACAAGUUAGGCAGCCACCGGAGCUUCAAUACCAGGGGGAUCCAUCGUCUCCGGGGCUGUCGUUCGUCAUCGGCCUCCUGGGCUGCUCCACCGGCCGUCCCUCGCCCUCGGGCGACCCAGUCUCCCGUUGAGAAUCAAGAGUCACGACAUCCGCGGAGAGGCCGCGAGGAGUCGGCCAGAGGUCAGAUGGACCGGUGCACAAUCGACUCCGUGAUCCGACCGCACACUACUCGUCCACAAUCAUCCAGAAUUGGCCACCAGGGCGGGUCGACGACGCAAGCCGCAUUGGCCGAGGAGGCCUUCCGACCCAUCCCCGUUGAGACAUCCCUUCUGUGCGGAUGGGGAUUCUGA